CUUCGGCCGGUCCCGCAGCAGCAGGCCACAGCGCGGCCUCCCCUGCCGCCGGCGGUGUAGACGCCGAUGCGUUGGUGGGCAAGCUGCGGACGCUGGUGUCGAGUCUGGUGACGGAGGCACUCGCCGCACAGCUGCCCCUGCACCAGCAGCUGCCCCAGCAGCAGCAGCAGCAGCAGGGUGCAUACCUGGAGCCCACGCUGCCUCAGCAGCAGCCCCUACGCCACUGCCAGCAGGCCCACCAGUGGCAUCAGGUGCCUCAGCAGCAGCAGCAACCACAGCAGCCUCAGCAGCAGCAGAAGCCUCAGCAGCAGCAGCCACAGCGGCAGCAUCAAGGGCAGAAGUGGGAAACGCAUUCGCCAGGAGGGCAUUGCCAACAGCCGCCACAGCCACAGCCGCAGCUGCUAGCUCUGCAAUUUCCUCAGGCACCAGAUGCAGCCUCUGCCGGCCCCGUAUGCAACGCCACCAGCUGGGGCAUCAUUCCCGGGCUGCAGAUUACCAUACAACAGUGCCCGCCACAGCUGUCAACCACAGCGGCUACGACCACACCCGCCGGCUCAACGAUGCCCAUGCACGCGGAUAGCCCGCACUCGCUUAGCGGUUCUGGCACUGGCGCUAGCAGAGGAGUGGCGGUCUGUGGGGUUCCCAGCUGCCGACCUAGCGGCCCCGGUAAUGGCUCCGCAGAGGCUGUGGGGCCUUGUCUUCCGGGGUCCCAGCAACCCAACGCAGCGGUCCCGGAUGUAAUGGAGCUCAACGUGGACGGCACAGCCGUGUUUGUGGACCGCGCUGCGCUGGAGUCUCAGGCCGCGGGCAGUCGGCUGUACGACACGCUUAUCAAGCACUACAACCGACUGCCGUUGGAUUCGCAGGGCAGGCCGUACUUGUCGUACGAACCGCGUGUUUUCCAGGUGCUGCUGUCGCACCUCAAGGAGCGCUGGCUGUUCGGUAGCAGCAGCCGGGCAGCUACCUGCGACUGGCCCCGCCUCGUGCACUCCAUGGGGGUGUCUCCAGCGUACUUCAUGCAGGUGGCCUGCCACUUCGGAAUGCUGGAUGUGGUAUCGUCGCUGCUGGCUGCAUGGCCGCCGCCGAGCUCGAGCACCAUUGCCCAGGGACCGAGGGCUGCCCGUCAGGCCGCUCAGCAACCUUCGCUCCUGUCGCACCCUGACACAUCGACGCUUGAGCCCACCUCCAUGCACCAAGACCAGCCACCCCAUCAGUUGAAGGGUACACUUCCGCAACCGACACUUACGGGAGUUCAUCAGUCAGGACGCCCAGCCGCGGGCGGCACCAGUGAUGGCGGCUGCGUUUCGGAGCCUGCUGGAUCUACUAACGCUGCAGCCCUGGCUGUCAGCAGCCAGCCGCUUGCUGCAUCCAUGCUACCUGCCGCAGCCAAGGCCCAUGUGCCCGCACAGCUGCAGCAGCCAACGGGCUGCGUGUCACAACCCUUUGUGACGCCCGAGGUUGUGGAUGCCCUGCCUAUCGCUGCUGCUGCCCUCGCCCGCUACGUUGACCCGCCUACGGGAGAUCAGGUCACGCAUGGUGUAGGUGUAGAAGCGCCCGUGGCUGGUGUGCUGCCCCAAUCAGACCUGUUUGCUGCAAUCACAGCUGGGGCUACGGAGGGCAGCCCGACCAUGCGGGAAGCGCCAGUUGCGAAUGGGGACGCUUCCACCGAGGAGGGGUUUUCUGGGGGGUCCAUCCUGCGUCCGAUGUUUGCUGCUGGUGUGGCAGCAGCAGCAGAAGCGGCGCAGCAGCAGCAGGCAGGCACGGACGCGGCGGUCGCGACGGGGGCAGCACCGUACCGCAUGCCUAGCUUGUAUGCGCUCAUGGAGCAGAGACAGCGUGCAGAGGAGGUGUAGGCGUGAUUGGAUUGGAUGAGUGGACGCGGGGGGUCCAACAGCAGGGCUUGGAGAAGCACAGGGGUUUUUGGUCCUUUUACGUUUGCCCUUACUGUCGGAGGCGCCACUGUAUUGACGGGUUCCAUGCAAUGUUGGGUGAAGCAAGCAUAGCCCAACUGCUGACCUGCAAGGGACAAACUGUUGUCUAAGGUGCGAAAAUGUGGUAUACGGUAGGGCAACAUCUAACGUGAAAUCCUGUCAUGACGUCACCGUCGACUAGAGUCUUGCAGGCUGCGAGUGCCUAGAGCGCACAUGUAGGGAGGUUGGCGUUGCCAGAAUUAGACAGGUUAGCUGCAACAGGUUUAUUGACCCCGCCCCUACGUGCGUGAGGUUUCAGGGGGAUUCUGUUUGGUGGGUUGGCCCAAUGCUUGCCUCACCUGGUCACACCGCGGAACUAACGCUUGCUAAGCAAGGUGGGUGGGCCCCAGGACUAUGGGCCCGCCGUACAUGUAUCCGAUGCCCUGCACGUCCCGGCCCAUAUGUGUCGCAUGCCAUUCUAUGUAUGUGGUUGCAAGUGGAUAUUGCCUGAGUCACCAUACCAAUAAGGUCAUGGAUCGUGGCUGGAACAGCGCGAAAAGGCUUGCUCGAGAUGGCAAGGAACCAAACAAGCGCGUAAGUAUGAUUCUUAUUGUUGUG